AUGACGGCCGCGCAGGGCAGCGCCGAGGGCGGCCCGGUCGCCACGAUCAGCUCCAAGCGUGGCAUCACCAUGGUCACCAUUCGCAGCACCCGCAUGCUCGGGCAGCACGGCUUCUUGGCCAACAUAUUUGAAUUGUUCGAGAAGUUCGGCAUUUCGGUGGACGUUGUCACGACUUCGGAGGUGAGCGUGUCGCUGACGCUCGACCCCAGCGACGAGGUGGACCGCCUGCCCGAGCUGCGCGCGGAGCUGCAGAGCUUCGCCACCGUGGAGGUGGUCGAGGGGCUCUCGAUGGUGAUGCUGCUGCGGGCGAAGGUGCGGGCGGCGAGGGUGCUCUCGGGAUGCUUCGAGUGCUUCGAGGAUUUUGGCUCGGGGUGGAGCCCCACAUGA